AUGAAUCGCCCCAAAGUCACUGUACAUCCAGGUCCAAAAAAUUAUGAUUUAUUAAUACUCCAGCAACAAUAUCGAUCCCAGGCUGUGUGGGAUGGAAAAUUGACUGGACAGAACGCGUGUUUAACUAUACGUCGUGCGAAUCAUGAAUUCUGGAAUCACGUGAGGCAAUACCCUUUACACAGUCGCAUCCUUAAUUACUUUGAGAGGUGUGGAUUUUGGGGAGUUUUAGCAGUAGGUAAUGUGCAGUAUGAUGAAGGAAUCAUCACUGCACUUAUUGAGAGAUGGCGUCCAGAGACGCAUACAUUUCAUAUGCGGACUGACGAAUGUGCCAUCACACUGCAGGAUGUCGAGGUGUUAUAUGGCAUUCCUGUGGAUGGUCACCCAUUGAAUGAUAUUAUUGAUGAACACACUGAUGAGGCUGAGGUACAAAAGAGGGUCAGGUUGUACCUGCUUUGGUUGAUUGGUGACACUAUAUUCCCUGAUAAUACUGGUUCAAAGCUUAGUUUACACUUUUUGCUUGACAUAAUAGACCUUGAUGCAAUAGGCUGGAAAGCUUGGGGAGCAACAGCAUUAUCAUACUUGUACAAUUGUCUAUGCCGUGCUUCGAUGACUAAUAGCCGUGAUGUUUGUGGAUUUAUUGCUUUAUUACAUGUUUGGGUUUGGGUUUGGGAGCGAAUAAUCCCGAUGCAGCCAUUACUUCGUCCUCCAAGAGUAAACGAACGAGAUAUUGUAUUUGCGCAGAAGUGGACUCGUCGUGGAGUUCGUGAAAGCGAGGCACGAGCUGUGCUAAUAGUUUAUAGGGAUGUUUUAGACAACCUAACUGAUGGACAUGUACAACCCGCACAUGCUUGA